ACCGAGCGCUGGGGAAAACACGGCUUGUUUUGUUUUCGCAUCCAUGUUAUUUGCCGCAGGUUUGCUCAUCUCGGCCUGUUUUUCUGAGCAUGGAACCGCGAUCCGGACCCCCCGUCACGCAGGUGACGUUUUCCCGUGGGGCAUAACCCCCGGGCACCGAUGGAGGCGGGCACCCUGCCCGUGGAGCUGUGGCGCCUGGUACUGGCCUACCUGCCCCUGGCCGACCUGGGCCGGUGCUGCCUGGUGUGCCACGCCUGGCGGGAGCUCGUCUUAAGCCUGGACAACACUCGCUGGCGCCAGCUGUGCCUCGGCCUCCCGGGGUGGCGGCACCCCAACUGGCCGCGCCGGCCGCACCAGGCCCCGGCGUCCUGGCGCGAGGCGUUGCGCCGGCAGGCCCUGGCCAGCCGCACGUGGACGCAGAACGGUUCGGAGCCGCACUCGUCCGCCUGCCUGCACCUGUUCCGGCGCAGGAAGGACAGGAGGGUGUGGCACGUGGGCGCCGUGCCCGGGCACGGCUAUGAGACGCUCAGGGGGGCGCUGGCGACCGCCGGGCCGUACGACAGGGUGCUGCUGCACCCCGGGAUCUACGAGGAACAGGCCGAGGUGACCCUGAAGGUGCCGGUGGAGAUCGUGGGCAUGGGGAGGCUGGGCGACGUGGCGCUUCUGGUUAGCUUCGACCAGCAGUGCCCGACUGCCAGGCUGUGUAACUUGGUCCUGAUGCCAGCCUGGUUCUCACCAGUGGUGUAUAAGACGUCGUCGGGUCACGUCCAGCUGGACAACUGCAACUUCGAGGGCUGCCAGCUGCACGUCCGGGGGCCGGGCACCUGCCAGGCCCGGUUCUGCUCCUUCAGCCAGGGCAGCUCCGCCCACUUUUUAGGCGUGGCGAUCAGCCUCAUGGACAGCUGCGAGUUCUCCGGUGGCGACUCCGCGUCCGUCACCGUGGAGGGCCCGCCGGUCUCCGAACACAACUGGGCUUGCAAACACCUGGCCGCUCUGGCCAAAAUGUUGACCGCCUCCACAGUGCCCGCGACCAACGGCCUGACCGCGGGCUCGCCCGAUCGGGGCGACCUCGGAGAUGCCUUCCGAGUGGACUGGGCGAAACAGGACGUGGACUGGGAAGCCAAGGGCACGGUGAUCGAAGACGACGGCAUGGACACAUCAAGCGAGUCCGGCGACGAGGGUAAAUCCGAGCUGACCGGAAUGCCCGCCGGUGCCGCUGUCUCGUACGAGGGGCACGGACUGGCGCACCUGGCGGACCCGAGGCCGCCGGACUUCGCCUCCGUUCCGGUCCUGUUGACUCUGAGCGCCGAGCUGCAGAGGGAUCCGGAGGCGCAGGAGCUGGCGAGUUCCGUCCAGGGGUGCCUGCUGCGCCGCUGCCUGCUGCGGGACGGCAAAGGGGGCGUCCACCUGUGCAACCACGCUCAGGCCAGGCUGGAGGGCAACGUCUUCCGGGGACUCAACUACGCCGUGCGCUGCAUCCAGAACGCCAAGAUGGUGAUGCUGCACAAUGAGGUGAGCGGGUGCCGCGCGUCCGGCGUCUUCCUCCGGCUCUCCGCCCAGGGCCUCAUCGCCGAGAACGACAUCCACUCCAACGGCGAGGCGGGACUGGACAUCCGCAAGGGAGCCAACCCCAUCAUCCUGUGCAACCGUAUCCACAGCGGCCUGCGCUCCGGGAUCGUCGUCCUCGGCAACGGGAAGGGCUCCAUCCGUAGCAACCAGAUCUACGGCAACAAAGAGGCCGGCGUCUACAUCCUGUACAACGGCAAUCCCGUGAUCAGCGGGAACCAUAUCUUCCAGGGUCUUGCCGCCGGCGUGGCCGUGAACGAGAACGGCCGUGGGCUGAUCACAGAGAACGUGAUCCGGCAGAACCAGUGGGGGGGAGCGGACAUCCGCCGGGGGGGCGACCCCAUCCUGCGGAACAACUUCAUCUGCCACGGCUACUCGGACGGCGUGGUGGUGGGGGAGCGCGGGCGGGGCCUCAUCGAGGGCAACCACAUCUACGGCAACAGGGGCUGCGGCGUGUGGGUGAUGCUGUCCAGCCUCCCGCAGCUGGUCGGAAACCACGUCACCCACAACCGCAUGUACGGGCUGGCCGUGUUCUGCCGGAAGGACCCGGCGUUCUCGGGGGGUGGCGAGAGAGGAGGAGGAGGAGGAGGCGAGAGGGGAGGUCAGGAGAACGUCCACGAGGAAGGAGAACUGCUGGCGUGGGAGAGCGACAUGGACAGCGAGGACGAGCGCUUCUCCUCCCGACGCCCCAUCACCGUGGCCCUGGUGGAGAACAACUGUGUCAGCCAUAACGGAGCGGUCGGCGUGUACGUGAAGAGCAGCGAGGCGCUCAACGUGGUGGGCAACGUGGUGGCCAACAACCGGGCGGCCGGGGUGUCCGUCGUCCAGAGCCCCCAGCUGACCCGCCUGGUCGGCAACUGCGUCCGCGCCAACGGCAGGACCGGGGUCACGGUGGACCGGGAGUGCCGGGUGGAGCUCAGAGGCAACGGCGUCUACGCCAACGCCCGCCACGGCAUCUGCUUCCGCGGGGACGGCCAGGUCUUGGAGAACGACGUGGCCGGGAACGGCGCCGCAGGGAUCCGGGUCCUGGAGGGCGCGGACGUGAGGGUUUUGAGGAAUCGCGUCCAGUCUAUGCACGCUUGUGCCAUCACAGUGAGAGAAAGGGUUCGAGGUGCGGUCCAGGAAAACUUGGUGUACCAGGGUUACCCCGGCAACCGCAAACCGCCCAUAUUUAUUGACCCCCUCAACCAGGAAUGUUUGGUCCUGAGCAACACUCUGCUCACACACAGGCCGAACGCACCGUGGGCCCUGGAGAACCCGCCGCCCAGGCCGCUCGGGAGCUAUCCGCCCGGCUCGGCCACUUCGUCGCGGCCCGCACAUCUGGCCAUCAGCGUGACCAACAGGAUCACCGCCACCGUAGAGAGCGGCUGCCACAACGGCGGCAGCAUCUUCUGUUCCAUAGUCUGAGAGACGGAGGGUCGGAAACUUGAACCUCUCGGACCCGGGUCUGUCAGGUCUCUAGAGGUCAUACAGAGGCUGUGAAGCUUAGUUGACCUCCCUCCCUCAGGCACAGCCAGUUGUACCUGCAAGAACUCAAGAUCUCAAGUUCCUCGUAGAUCCCGGCAAAUCAAGACCUGAGCGACUCCGACAAUGACCUCAAGGAGCUGAGGAUGGACGACUAACCCGUUCUGCCACCUGAUCAGGACCAACAAAUUCUGGUCACCAGCUUAAGUCCAGUUAAGAGUUCUUGGGGCAGUCAACAAGCGACUCGAAUCGGGACGUUGGUACUGUUGAACCCCUGGACACUACGUGGCUCAAGAUCUCAAGAUCUGAUGGCGGUUCCUCGUAGAUCCCAGCAGAUCAAGACCUGAGCGACUCCGACAAGGACCGGAUGGUUCUGGCCAGACCUCAAGAAGCUGAGGAUUGACGAGCCACCAACCCAAGGCUCUGGCGACCGAUCAGGACCAACAGAUUCUGGUCACCAGUUUAAGUCCAGUUAAGAGUUCUUUAGAUGUCUUGGCUUGUCUUGGGACGUUGGUGUUCUUACCCAGUGUUCUUACGCUAUAUGGUCAGAAGUAUGUGAACACCUGAAACCAAGGGAAGUCGCUUGCCUCCUAGAAGAGGUGUCCACAUACUUUUGGCCAUACAGUAGAGUUCUAAUUGAGUUCAACCAAGCGGAUUAAUGUGCCGGUCCCGAAUGGCAUCUGGGUCUGAAAAUAGUUGGUAAACAAGUGAACUGCACUCUGGGAAUUGAAGUCCUCCUUGCCGUAACUCUGCAUCCUAGCAACUACCGGCGACUCAGUGAGCAGGGUUCUAACCCCAGAGUCCAAGGCUGGGUAGAUCCACCACAUUUUGAGGUAUCGACAAGACGUCGAUGGGUGGCUCACUACUUCUGGGAUCUAGGCAGCCAGGGAGGAGUACGCCAGGUUGUUACUUGUUCUCAUAAAUAGUGCAAUAUGUCGAAGAAACGUGCCUAUUUUUACUGUACGUCUUUAUUUUUAUACGUGUUUGUGACGACACUUUUAUUUACAGACAUGAUUUUACAACCCCGAAUCCAAAAAGUUGGGACUGUAUGGAAAAUGCAAAUAAAAAAACAUGUUUCUUA